AUGUUCGACAGACUGCUCGUGCUCGCCGUUCCCCUAGUACUUUCUCCAAGGCUGCUCCUCUUCUUGUCCGAGACGGGCACUGAGCGGAGGGUUGCUCUGACGCCCCUCGAGUCCUUCAUGGCAUUCCACACCGGAAUAUUAGUGUUCGCCAUUGCGCUCGCAUUAGUGUUCAAUAUUCCGUCGGACCCCUUGGACACGACGGCAAAGCGAGGGGCACCUGGACACCCCCUCUUGGGGUCCCUCUCCGUAGCAUGUGUUCUCAUCUCAUUCAUCUCGUACAACACCAAGUCCGUGGGCCCUCUAGGCUUUCUGGUGUUCCUCGGCUCAGGCACCAUCGGACUCUGGGGACUAUGGGCGCUCCUCUUUUCGGGAUCAGCUUAUGUGUCCCGAAAGACCGGGGCUGACAAGCGGACGUCGCGGUUUCUGUUUGGGAAUAAGGCUGCAGCAUCUGUGCAGAAGAAGCAAUGGAAGAAGGGGCGUUCGGCGUAG